AUGUACUGGGCAAGUGGUAUAGCGAAAGUUUUAGAGGUUCGAUCGCCAGACUAUAGUAAAUUUAAUGAUUCGAAAACGACAGAUCAAAGCUCUGAUGCUGGCCACUCAAGUGCAAUCUUGAAACUAAAGCGCAACAAACUUGGAAACUUGUUUGUCACUUUGACUAAAAAUUCCGUACAGUUAUGGGGUUUUAGGCCUACAGCAUUAAUAUCACAAGUAUCUAGAACCACCAAAUCAAUUGAGGAAUAUGGUGAAAAUAUCGAUGUUUUUUGGAAGCCCGAUGGGAGCCUUAUAAUUGUUCAAACAAAUCAAAAUUGCUUAUUCACUUAUACUGUUCUUCCCUUCGAUGAUAAAAGUUAUAAAUAUCAAUUUGGUCGUGUAUCGCAUCAUUAUGUCUCUGGUGCAGGAGAAGGCAACGGAAUAAAAACAUUUUUGCUAAAAUUUAGAAUGACCAUUAGGAUUGAUGCUGGAAUGGAGGCAGGAAUUGGAACGGACGAAUUUUUGAUUGUCUCAACAAAAACUCCUCCUGCAAUUCAAUGCAUACCUUGGAUUGGUGAACCUAGUGGAACAAAAACAAAUAUAUUGGCUCGGUUGGAAUUUUUAGAGUCUAAGGAAGCCACCAUUAGAUUAAUCGUAUUUGACCGACGGAUUGAUCUUUUUGGAUGGUUAACUACAGAUGGAAAAGCUUACGUUGUACAAUUUAAUGAAAAUGAUGAUACAUCUGAGGAAAAUGUUGCCAAGACUCCCCCUUUAUAUUGGACCGGAUAUUGUUUCCACGCAAGUGGUGAUCUUGAACCUGCUUCAAAGAAUCGUGCCACUUGUAUAGCUAUUAAUGCAAAAUUCUCUUUAAUUGCUAUUGGAACUGAAGGAGGAAUUGUCUAUGUAUACUAUGCUAAGAAUUAUAAUGGCGGCAUUUAUUUUUCUCAUAAAUUAUCUAUAUCACCUAUCUCCGCAGGUCCUGUGACGUCACUUGCUUGGACUUCUGAUGGCCAUGCCAUUGCUGUGGGGUGGCAAGAUGAAGGAAUGGCCGUUUGGAGUGUUUAUGGUCGAUUGUUGAUGACAACUGUCAGAAAUGAUUUGCCACAAUCGAUCUCGGCAAGCAAAGAUGCAUUUUUACAUGGUAUUAAUGACUUGUUUUGGAGUUCUGGAAAUUGUGAACUCUUCUUAUUACAUAACGCAAAGUCUGAAAAUGGACAAUUAUAUACUCUACCAUUUGCCAAAUCCGCUGUAACGACGAUCCAUAGUCCAGAUAAUACAAAAAGAGGAUUUUUACAAAUGGAUGACCGUUUAUUGCUUUACCGUGGCGGUGAUCAAGAAGAUCUUAGCGCCAUUAAUCCUGAUACCAUAGUUUGGCAACACAUACCUAUACCGAUUAUGUAUAUUAGCGAAAAUUGGCCCAUAAAGUAUGCAUCUAUAAGUGGAGAUGGUCGGUACAUUGCAGUUGCUGGAAGACGUGGAUUAGCACAUUAUAAUGUUUCUUCUGGUCGUUGGAAACUAUUUGGCAACCAACAGCAGGAACAAGAAUUUUCAGUUCGUGGUGGAUUAUUGUGGUUCAAACAGUUUUUGGUUGCUGCAUGUGAAAAUGUUAGAACGCAUACGCAUGAGAUCAGAAUGUAUUCGCGCGAAACCAACUUAGAUAAUAUUCAUAUGAUUCAACUUAUUAAAAUACCCAGUAAUAUAUUAUAUCUUAGCAUCGUGGAUAAUGCAUUACUUGUUUAUUGCGCAGAUAAUAUGAUGUAUCAUUAUAUUAUGACAAUAUUAUCACCUCAUGACAAUGGAGGUAUUAAAUCAAUCUCGGUUGAAUUGUGCCAACAAAUUUCUUUUGUUGGCGUGAUUCACGCCCCAGCCAGGGUUAGUUCCAUCUCAUGGUUCCAGCCAAAAUUGCAUAGGCCUUUCACUCCGGAUACUAUUCAGACUGCUUCAAUAAUAUUUCUUAUUGAUGGAAAACUAGUUUUGUUGCAUCCUAAAAAGAGUGAUGAAGGCGAAGUACAAUAUGACCUACACAUUCUCGCUGAUAAAAUUGAAUUUUAUUGGAUGUCCACACGGGGAAUCGGCAGUUUGAAAAAUUCUUUAUGGGCUUGUGAUAGUCAAGGAAUCUGGAUGAAUAUAUGGUCCAGCGAAGAAAGUGCAAAAGACUGGCAAUCCGAGGUUUUGCUAUCAGCAACUAAAGAAUCUUUGCGUAUAAAAUUGGAAUUUUAUCCUUUAUCUGUGUUGCUUGAUAAAGGCAUUAUUGUUGGUGUCCAACAGCAAACUUCUUUCCGACAAUCCCUCGAGUUUACCGUUUUUAAAUUAAUGACAAAUACUCAUUUAUUUUUACAACACAUCCUUCGUUAUAUGCUAACCAAAGAUCUUGAAGAAGAAUCGGUCGCUUUUGCAACAAGUUACCAAGGAUUGGUAUAUUUUGGGCAUGCGUUAGAAAUGCUUUUACAUCACGUUUUGGAAGAUGAAGCUGAACAUACCGUUGAAACAGGAAAAGGAUGUGCGCGUAAAACUGAAGUUGCCUUAUGGAAUUAUUUGUUUUCUAUUGUGGGCAGUCCCAAAGAUUUAUUUGAGAAAUGUAUGGAAACUGGAUUACUUAAGACUGCCGCAUCUUAUCUCCUUGUCCUUCACACCUUGGAGCCCAUUGCUGAUAGUAGUAAGGAUACCAUAAGAUUGUUAUCCAGAGCUAUGGAAACUGAAGAUUACGAGUUAUGCAAAGAACUUGUAAGAUUUUUGAAUUCUAUAGACGGAUCAGGUAAAACUUUGAAAGACGCGUUAUCAACAAUCCAUCUCACUUCCUCAACAAGUGAUGUAUAA